AUGUCCUUCUUUGACAAUCGCUACUAUUACCUUAACAAAAGGUUUCUGGCCGUAAUCGGCCAAUGGCCAUUUCAAUCGCGACUAGAGGGUAACAUGAUGUUCACCGUAGCAUGUUUGUUCAUUGUCAGUUUGACAGCCUUGGAGUUUUGGGGCUUAGCAGCUGGGAUAACAGAUCUGAACAUCAUCAUGGAAAACACUUCGCCGUUACUAGUGAAUAGCUUCAUCAUUAUAAAGAUCCUUAAUUGCAUGUUUACUAAUGACAAAAUGAAAAAAUUUCUGGAGGAUAUCGAAGAGACAUGGAAAAUAAAACAUACAGAUGCGGAGAAAAAAAUAUUACAGCAUUACGCAGAGGAAAGCAGAAUUUUCACGAUACGAUACGCGUUCGGUCUUUAUGCGAUGUGGCUUUUCUAUACUACUUCACCGAUCAUUAUUAGCGGGAUAUACACGCUUUUGUUGACAAAUGAAACAUACUCGGCCAGGUUUCUAUAUCGCCUAGAACAUGUUCUUGACAUAGACAAAUACUUCAAACUGUUGAUGCUUCAUGGAUUUAUCAGCGUAUUCUACAUAGUUUCUGUGCCGAUAGCCGUCGACACAACGUUCACUCUUUGUAUUCAGCAUAUUUGUGCAUUGUUCGAAUGCUUACGAUUUUCUGAUGUGCUUUCAUCUAACUAUGCAACAUCAUUUCUCUUUCUAUUGGGCAAUGUAAUUGUAUCCUUGAGUUUCGGCGCGGCUGAGAUUUGGGGCUUAGUAGCUGGGAUAACGGAUCUAAACAUUAUCAUGGAAAACGCUUCGCCCUUACUGGUAGAUUGUUUCAUGAUGCUGAAGCUCAUUAAUUGUGCGUUUACUAAUAACAAAAUUAAAGAGCUUCUAAAGGCCGUUGAAGAAACGUGGAAGAUAAAACAUACGGGUCCGGAGAAAGAGAUAUUACAGCAUUACGCGGAGAAAAGCAAAAUCUUCGCCAUACGAUACGCAAUUGUCUUUUACGCUGCGUGGCUGUUCUACACUCUGACAUCGGUCGUCAUUAGCGGGGUGUAUAAGAUUUUACCGACGAACAAAACGUAUGAGGCUAGAUAUCUAUAUCGAUUGGAACAUGUUCUUGAUAUGGACAAAUAUUUCAACCUAAUGAUGCUUCAUGGAUUUAUCAGCGUAUUCUACAUAGUUUCUGUGCCGAUAGCCGUCGACACAACGUUCACUCUUUGUAUUCAGCAUAUUUGUGCAUUGUUCGAAUGCUUACGUUACAGCUGCGACUGGUAUAAGAUUUCAAUGAGAUCAAAAGAUCUUUUGAGAUUUACAUUACUGCGUACUACUAAGCCGUGCCAAAUAAAAGCUGGUAAGCUGUUCGUAAUGUCGAUGGAAAACUUUAGUUCGCUUUUAAAAAUGACCAUGUCUUAUUUCACAAUGCUCACGUCAGUCCAGUAA